AUGCAAGACCCGGUUAAAGCAAAGAUCGAUCACUAUCAGCAGUUUCUCCAAAGAAGGAGUCAGAGGCGUGGUGGUUCUCCUAAUCUAGAAUUCAUCAAACUUUCUGUAAAGGAGCCUCAAUACAUUUACAAACACCAUGAUCAAGCUUAUCUAAAUCUAGGGGUUCAAGACAACACAAUGAACCACAAUAAUCAUCAUUUUGUUUCAGUUUCACCGCUGGCCGCUUUCGAAAAUCCCAUAAUUGCUCGUGCAUUUUACAUUCUCAUGACAUUGAUCGUGGUGCUUAUUGUGUCUUCAGUACUUGCUUUUACUAUCAGGGAAUACUUCUUGUUCCAAAAGGCAAAAGAAGACUCAGCAAAUAACAGUGAACUCAAACAUGAGAACUCGUUUACAAGCAGUGGUGUUUACGAGGAGAAGAAGAUUGCCGCUGCCAUUGAGCCGGACGACUUGUUAAGCUUGGAAAAAGUUAUACAAAACAACAAGGCACCAGCUAUUGUAAAAGAUGAGUCUGGACUUACGAAAUUUGCCAAUGACACACUGACAGCCCAAAAUCGUGAAUGGGGAUUACAACAAAAAUAUGAUCUCACAAGUGCAGCCAUAAGUAUGGAUAUUGCAGGUUCCGAGAGAAGGGAAAAAGAUCACGUCAGUGGAUUCAGUGACAAGUCGAUUAGCAAGUAUGCAAUUGGCGGCUCAACUCCAUUGGGCUCUUCAAUCAAAGAUGGCAAGAUCCGGUACACCAUGGAUGAAUUGCAAAAUCUAAACACAUUUAAGUUGAGCCUGGAAGUUAUUCGAAAGUCUUCGUCCUGUGGUGUGCAAAAAAUUCCGAUUUCGCAGUUGGUUAAAUGUCCAGUGAACUUUCCGGCAACAAGAUUUCAACACUCAUGGGAGGCCAACAAAGCUCUUAUGGAGAUUCUGAAAGUUUUGAAUGAUCCGGAGUUGAAGACUGAGAAAUUACUUGCUGCUCUCAAGCUAGUGUCACUUGGCAAACAAAGGGAAUUUUUUGAAAAUCCAAAUCUUUAUUUGGGAUCAUUUACCACUUGCAUUGAAGACUUGGUCCAUACUUGUGCUCUCUUUGAUUUAUGGUCAUAUUGUAGUGCGACACUCACCGUUUUGUUUGUGGAGUGCUUGUUGACAUAUUGCUGGUCACAUGCCAGGUAUCAGGUUCAAAAUGGAACCAAGUUGAGCUUGGUGCAACAGUUUACAAAAUGGAAUGGACGGUCACCCACUGUUCAGUCACAAAUGUCAAUUCUUCAUCUUUUGUUUAAUGUGUUUUUGGGGUUUAAAACAGCUUCUGCCUUACCAGAGGAUAUUGCCAAGGAAAAUGAGUUGAAGUUGGGUCUUGUUAUUCGUGAGCUCAUCAAGAAAAGUGCUUGCAAUGACUACAUUCAGAUCUUGCCUUUAAUUGCAAGAGCUUCCGAAGCUGCGUCAAACAACCGGACAAAGUUAUUCUUUUACGAAAUGACAAAGCUUUUGGUUACGAGUCACAGAAACUGUUGCAUUAACGUUUAUCUCAAAGACUCCAAUUUCGAAUUAAAAACUUUGCUCAAGAAGGGAUUCUUGAACACCCCCGAACUGGAUCCUAUUCACAAAAGAGCAAAGGAGAUACUUGGUAUUAUUCUUGAGUGUAGCAAGGAUGCCGAAAUUUGGCAAUUGGAAAUACUAAAUAGCGAAAACCAUAUACCAUCGCCAUCAAGUUUGCCAUUAUCGAGCGAAUACACUGAGCGUCUCUUUGUUCAGGAAGGGAAAAGCGAGUACUAA